AUGGCUUUCCUGCUUGGCGCUUCCCCCAGGCGGGCCAGGCUCCUGGUCCUCGCCACGGUUCUGGUCCUGACCACCCUGUAUCUGGUAUUCCACAUCAAACAGGAUGUCGGGGCGCCUUUUGGCCGCGGUCUCGCCGGUAGCACUGGUCCCCAAACCACGAAUAAAGGAGCGGAGGAAGAUCUGGGAGUGCCCAAGGUCCCCGCAGCCGCCGUCUCCAACCCCGACCCCGUCACGCCGGUGCCAGCACCGGCCGCCCCCGCACCGACCUGUCUCAAGUUCGAGGAGCUACAGCGGCAGAAGCCGGGCCCCGCGUCGGCGGGGAAGCGCAAGUUCCCGCUCGUGCGCCCGCCGCCGGGGUGCCGGACCUACAACCUGUCGUCUCUCGAGGCGCUGCUGGUCCGCAUGAAGACGGUGAUCAAGGACCCGGACCUGUACCGGCUCUUCGAGAACAGCUACCCCAACACGCUGGACACCAUGAUCAAGUGGCGGGGGUUCGCCCGGGAGCAGCUUGGCACUGAGGGGGCCGCCGCCGGGUUCGGCGGGCAGAGCUCGCCCGCGCUGGGGCCCGAGACGGACGAGGAGCUCACGUACGUCAUCACGGGCGAUAUCGACGCCAUGUGGCUGCGUGACUCGGCGUCCCAGAUCUACUCGUACCUACCGCUCCUCGAGGCCGACAAGGCCCACGACUCCCUGGCCGGGCUCUGGCGGGGGCUCAUCAACCUGCAGGCACGCUACAUCACCAUCUCGCCCUACUGCCACAGCUUCCAGCCGCCGCCCGAGUCCGGGAUCCGGCCGACGCACAACGGGGCCUUCCACCAGAACAACCCGCAGCCGCCCUACGACCCGGUCCUCGUGUUCGACUGCAAGUGGGAGCUGGACUCGCUGGCCUCGUUCCUGCGCGUCUCGGCCGCCUACGCGCAGCGCACGGGCGACCUGUCCCUCUUUGGAAAGUACAAGUGGAAGGCCGCCGUGCGCGCGGCGGUGGACGCCUCGGCGGCGAUGCAGCUCGGCACCUACGCCGACGACGGCAAGGUGCAAAAGUCGGCCUGGACCUUCACGGGCUGGACCAACCGCGGGAGUGAGACGCUGACGAACGACGGGCUGGGCAACCCGAGCCGCCGCGACGGCAUGGUCCGCACCGCCUUCCGGCCCAGCGACGACGCCACCAUCUUCCAGUUCCUCGUGCCCGCAAACGUCAUGUUCGCCGCCGCGCUCGAGGACGCCGCCCCCAUCGCCGACCAGCUGCCGGGCGCCGACAGCAAGGCCCUGGCCGCCGACAUGCGCUCGCUCGCAAAGGAGAUCUUUGCCGGCUUCGAGGCCGACGCCGUCGUGCCGCACCGCGACUUUGGCGACGUCAUCGCCUACGAGGUCGACGGCUUCGGCGGCGCCAACCUGAUGGACGACGCAAACGUGCCGUCGCUCCUGUCCAUCCCGCUCUUCUUCAACUCCUCGGCUUCCGUCGCCGGUGCUGCCAAGAGCAACUCGCCCUUUAGAGUCCAGCCGCGGGACGAGAAGAAUGGGACAAGAAAGAGGUCCAAGCACCAACAGCAGCAGCAACAGCAGCAGCAGCAAAAGACGGAAACGCGCGACUACGCCCAGAUCUACCGCAACACCAGAAAGUUCGUCCUCAGCGACGCGAACCCCUACUUCGCCAAGGGGCCCGUCAUCUCGGCCGUCGGCGGGCCCCACCUCGGCCCCGGGCGGGCGUGGCCCAUGGCGGCCCUGGUGGCGGGCCUGACGGCCUACGAGCCCCUGAGCAGCGACAGGGCCCCCGCCGAGGUGCGGGACGAGGUGGCGGAGCAGCUGAAGAUGGUGCUCGACUCGACGGCCGGGUCCGGGGUCGUGCACGAGUCCGUCAACUCGUGGGACGAGCACGUCUGGACGAGGUCCUGGUUCGGCUGGGCCAACGGGCUGUUUGGGGAGCUUAUUCUUAGGAUAGAAGAACAGGACAAGGGCGGCGCGAAUGGGUUGCUUUCAAGAAGCUGGCAGUAG